AUGAACGACAAGCAUACCAAAAGUCGAGUCGCUAUUAUAGGCACGGGUCUCGCCGGUCUCAGCAGUGCUUAUCUUAUUAAGGGAGACCGUUAUAGGGUGACGUUGUUUGAACAGGGUGAUAGAAUUGCUUUCGAUUCUGCUUCUGUUACGAUUAAGAACGAUAAAUUCGACGAUGCCGAACGAAUCGAUUUACCGAUGCGCGCGAGCGCGGACGGGUAUUACCAUAACUUGAUGCGCAUGUAUCAACAUCUACAAAUCCCGCUUCAUCCCAUUCGGUUCCUUUUUGUCUUUGCGAAAGCAGCCGCGAGCGUCGAUGGAACAGUCCCAGUCAAGGGAAGCGAUAACGAGACAUACUUCAUUCAUGCAUCGAACUUGCACCAGACACCGCCGCCGUGGCCGGGCAAUCGCGGUGUAAUUACACACUUUGUCGAGAUUGUCUUCCUGAUUGUGUGCCAAUUCUGGUUCACCAUUGCAUGCUUCCUCAUCGCGCCGUUGACAACCACGUCCUCGGGACACAGCGAGUCCGUCGCCGAAUACUUCGAUCGCAUACGGUUACCCCGACGAUAUACAUCGCGUUAUCUACUUCCGCUUCUGAGCGGUGUAGCGACGUGCACACACGAAGAGCUGCUUCAAUUCCCCGCGAGCGACGUUGUCAACUACAAGAAGCUUUCGCAUGGCAAGCAGCAUUAUGCUGUCUGUGGUGGAGUCUCGCAGGUCCAGGCAAAAUUGACGGAGGGACUGCAGGACGUCAACCUCAAUAGUCGUGUGAUUGAAGCUGUGCCUCAGGUCGAUGGUACCGUCCUGGUUCGCUGGCAAUCGACAGUUGACGCAUCCGGGCGCAUCCACGAGCAAGUCUUUGACCGUGUCGUCCUCUCCGUCUCCCCCGAUGUCGCUGGUCGAAUCUUUAAGCCCCUUGGUUCUACGUUGGCGAAGCUUCCGACUCGUCAAGUUGAAAGCUCUGUUUUGAAGCCGGAAAAGGCGGGAAUUAUCGUCGUCGACACCGAUAACGCCAGCUCCCGCCAAUCCAUCGCUUGCAUGCACCAUUCAAAGGACACCUCAGCAGCCCAGGUCUUGACCUUGAGAACAAUGUUCACUGACGUGGGAAGCCCUCGCACAGAGGCUCUUCACGCCAUGCCCAGUGGAGUGGUCGUCAGCACUUGUCCGCUACGCGAAGAGGCACAGCCAGAAGCUAUCAAGAAGGCCAAGUUUACUAGAACCCUGAGAAACACAGAGGGUCAGGCCCUCGUUCAGAAAUUGCUAGGCAAUUCGGGAUCUAAGAAGAGUGAAGAUGAUAACGCUAUGGCUUGGGUUAAUGGGCAGGAUAAUGUGUGGAUCGCUGGUGCUUGGUGCUGGGAUGGCAUGGUGCUGCUGGAAGGUUGCGUCGUGUCGGCCAUUAGGCUUUCGGCGCGGACCGCAAUCGCUAGCGACAACAUGCUUUUCGAACAAGAUAGUUUUGGUCUUGGCUUUGCCGCAGGCCUUGUCACCGCCCUGGCCAUCGCUGGCAUCAUUGCAUUGGUGGUGAUGCGAAUGAGCGAUAUCUACGGCCUGGGACACUGGAAGCUCAACAUCACGACCCGACCACCGUCCAUGUGGAUGAACGUGGGAUACUGGAGAACCCCAACAGGCGAGCCAAUUGAGACUCUCCCUGAGGCUGCCUCUGCGCUGCUAGAGCAGGUUGUGAGCGCCGCCGGGCUGUCGGGUGAUGCACCUGGUAAAGCUAGUCCUCGCGGUUCCCUCGCUGUUCUGGAUCUGGGGUUCGGGUGUGGUGACCAGACUUGGCAAUUGGCGAGGAUGGCUACGGAGCAGGGCUGGAGGGAUUUUCGCUAUGUUGGGCUUACGCUUAAUGAUGCGCAGGUUCAGACGUCGCGCCGCAGGAUUUAUCGCGAGUUGACUGAGGCGGGGACUGGUUUUGAUGCGGAGGCGUUCAGUCUCUUCCGCGCUGAUGCUGCAAAGCCACAGACUUGGGAUCCCAAGAUCAAAGAGGCCGUUUAUUCUUUGGCUGAUGAGAAGUAUACUGAGCGAUGGCUUCUUGCUCUCGACUGUAUCUACCAUUUCUCACCGUCCCGAAAACCCGUUCUUUCACACGCCGCCAAAGAACUCGACGCCAGUUACAUGGCAUUCGACCUCCUCCUCAACGAGAAAGCCUCCACCAAGGAUAUCUGGAGGGCUAGACUCAUCGGAAAAAUGAUGGGAUGCCCACUCAAAACCUUCCUCUCGGAGACAGAGUACAGAGAUCAACUGGUGGAGUGCGGAUAUGACCGCAACGAGAUCACGAUUAAGGAGAUCACAGACGAUGUCUUUUCGGGCCUGGUCAAGUUCCUCGAUCGCCAAGACAAAUUGUUAGCAGAAUACGGCGUCACAAUGGGGGGCUUCAAAUUAGCAGGGAGAUUGUUCAACUGGUUCGACAAGUCCCGCGUCGUAAGAGCCGUGGUCGUCGUCGCUCGUACGAAGAGCAAGACAGGAUAG